AUGGCGAUCAAACGCUCUGCAAACGGAGGCGGAGGUCUGGCUAAAGAGCCAGAAGACUUCCCAGGCGAGUGGUUGUACUUUAAAGUUAAAUAUGCGCGAAAGCUGAUCAAGAACAUCGGAUUCGACGACCUGGAGCCAUCGCCGAAUCGUAUAAAGAAAUUGAACGACAUGAAGAUCAGACUGGACCGCGUAGAUACCUUUCUGAAAGAGGUGCAAAAGUCAUCUAAACCCUCCCCACCCAAACGGACGUCUCUUCUUGCCAGUCUUCCCAUACCAGAGCCACCGGAAGAGAAGGAAACUGCACCUGCACAUCGACCGCCUCCUGACACACAAUCCUCACCGACAGAACCGUCCAUUUCAACUGCAGGCCUGACCAUCACCCCUCCAGACCCCGAAGGGAUAUCACCAAGCCUCAUCACCGCCGCCCUCCCCUCUCUACUUCCUCUGAGCGCCGCAGAAGCAGCCUCCACCUCCGCUUUCUCUCGUGGCUUCGGCCCAACACCCACCGCGCGCAAGGUGACAGGCGGUGGCGGCGGCGGUGCGACGUCGAUGGUGAUCCAGGAGGAGCUAUCGUCGCAGCUCGAGCUCAUGGCGCAGCAGCUCAAGCGGAACGCGAUCCACUUCUCCACGUCACUCGCGAAUGAUAAGGCAGUGGUGGAGGCCGCGCAGGAGAAGCUUGAGAGCAACUACGACGCGAUGCAGAGCCAGCGGACGAAGCUGAAGAGCCACAGCUCGAAGAGUAGCUCGACGACGUGGCUCGUGACAGGGAUCAUCCUCGUGGUGGUGCUGUUGUUUAUGCUCAUGGUCUCCGUGAUCAGGUUCUCGUAG